AUGAUGGCGGCGGAAGGAUCUGAUCCACACAGCCACGGGGAUGAUGAGGCGGAAGGCAAAGAGGAGGAGGAAGAGGGAAGGGAGGAGGAAGUGGAGGAUGAGGAGGAGGAGGAGGAGGAGGAGGAGGAGGAGGAGGAGGAGGAGGAGGAGGAGGAGGAGGAGGAGGAGGAGGAGGAGGAGGAGGAGGAGGAGGAGGAGGAGGCGGGGGGGGCAAGGAGGGCCUCAUCAAGGUGGAGCUGGGGGAUUAUGGGAGUGGAGGAAGGAGGAGGAGGGGUGGAGGGGAGGGGGAUCAAAGAGGUUGGGGUGCUUGUAGUGUCAACAGGAGGAGAGGAGGAAGAGAGGGGAGGCGAGGAGGAGGCUCGAGGAGGUGAGGUGGGAAGUGGAGAAGAGGAAAUGAUGGACGGUGGUACGGUGGUGACAGAAGGGACGGCUGCGGUGGUGCUCUUGUUGAGAAGGGGAGUGACGGAAGGGGGUGAUGAGGUGGAAUUGCUCUUGUUGGCUGGCCCCAACGUCACUGCCCCAUCCUUCUCCAAACCUACUGAACCCACUCCUGCUCCUGCUCUAGGUACGGGCAGCUGA